GCUGAGGUCCGGGCUGUCCUGCUCUCGGGCGGCGGGGCCGGGUCAGCAGGCUCCCUGGGGGAAAUUAAAAGUCCGAGGGUUGUAGGUGGGCAGGGGGAGGAGGAGCGGUGGAUGAAGGCUGUUAGGGAGGCGGGGAAGGCGUGAAGUACCUCGAGUGGCUCUUCGGCCCCUGCCGUCUUGAUCCUUGACCGAUGAUGAGACAGCGGUCCGGUGGUACUGUGCAGGACGACGGUACGUUACGACAUUCGACUUGGGGCUGCUAUUCGCCGCUGGGACAAACGGACCCGCCUCCCCCCAACGAUGACGUACUUGGUACAUACAAACACAUCCCUAUCCACGACAACAUACAUAUAUACAUAGAGAGGGCUACGGCGGUUGGGCUUCAGCGGCGUCACGAGCGGUGCUCGGCUUGGUCUUGGUUUGGCUGUCUUGGAUUGGGUUUUCUUAUCUACCAAUCUCCAUAUUGCCGUUUUCCUCAAGUGGUGACGACGGGUUCCUCCCCCGAGACGAGGACCUGGAAGGAGUGGGAAGGCGAUGACAUUUUCUGGCGCAGGUUCCUAUCUAUUGUCAUUCUUCUCUUCUCUUUUUGGCUAUAUUCUUCAUUCUCCUGCCGACCACUUUUUACGUUUCUACCCCAUCCAUUUGUUACCUGUGGAUUGGGGUUUAUAUUGCUUAAUAUUCGAAGGUGCCUCCUGGCGUGGCUGUUGGAGAAGCGGUUUUGGGGUGGUUUUCCUUUUGUCUUUCUCGCCGUGUGGCAGCGGGUCGGAUUCCGAGACUUGCUUUCACCACACUUGCUCUCCUCUUCUGAAUUGAAGGAGAAGCAUGCUGGGGACUUGUAGCUUUGUAUGGUUUGGUGUGUUGUAUAUAAACUGUUGGAAUGAAGUGAUGGCGAUGUAUACUCUGUGGGGGGAGUUCCUCUGAUUUGCGGAUGGGAUGGCUUGUAAAUGGCUUGCCGCUGAUGCUGGUCAAUGGGCUUAGAUGUAACUUGGAAUAACCGUGCCAUUGACGUGCGGCAUUGUUCCGGUUUCCAAACCACGAAUCGUAUAGAGGGGGGCUACAAUAUAUUGGAGGCCUCGGACUCUUGCGGUGAAGUUUGCCUCUUGGCGGGUGCUGUCCGCUUGUAUCUGGGCCCACAGACAGGACCGACUUAUGCUAGUGACAUCCAAGUCGAGGACCUCAUCCUAUUUUCCAUGCUUCGCAGACCGCGGCUCCUCAACAGAAACUGGUUGCUGAGUCAAGUACAUGCCGAUUCCAACGGUGGAACACUUGU